GAAAGGAAAAACAAGCACCACACACAACACAACUAUUGCAACAACUCUCAUCAACCAAAAACAAAAAACACAAACAUUGUAACAAUGUCAUCUUCUUCUGUUCCUUUCCUCUUUCCCCAAACUCAUUCCACAAUCCUCCCAAACCCAUCAAACUUCUUCUCACCAAAUCUGCUAUCCACACCCCUCCCUACAAACUCUUUCUUCCAAAACUUUGUUCUUCAAAAUGGUGACCAACCUGAAUACAUUCACCCUUACCUCAUCAAAUCCUCAAACUCUUCUCUCUCAUUUUCAUACCCUCUUCUCUUAUUCACAACAUCAUUUUUAUACCAAGUUUUUGUUCCAGAUCUCACUAUUUCUUCCUCACAAAAAACAACAUCAAAAAACAAACAUGUUAUUUCAUCAUAUAGUCAUCUUAGUGUGACUCUUGAAAUCCCUUCUUCAAAUUUAAGAUUUUUUCUUGUUAGAGGAAGCCCUUUUAUAACUGCAAAUGUUACAAAACCAACUUCACUUUCAAUCACAACACUAAAUAAAAUAGUUUCUUUCUCUUCUUUUGAUUACAAAAAAACCAAACACACCCUUCAACUCAAUAACACUCAAAAAUGGAUUAUAUACACUUCUUCACCAAUCAAUUUCAACCAUGAUGGUUUUGAGGUUAUAUCGAAUCCAUUUUCGGGUAUUAUUCGUAUCGCGAUUGUUCCUAAUUCAAAUCCUUUUUAUGAGAAAACUCUUGAUAAGUUCAGUUCUUCUUAUCCUGUUUCUGGUGAUGCAAACAUUAAGAAAAAUUUUAGUUUGGUUUAUAAUUUUCAAAAGAAAAGGUUGGGUGAUUUACUUAUGCUAGCUCAUCCUCUUCAUGUUAAGCUUCUAUCAAAUGAUGUUAAAGUUUUGCAUGAUUUUAAGUAUAAAAGUGUUGAUGGUGAUCUUGUUGGUGUUGUUGGAGAUUCAUGGUUAUUGAAAAAUGAUCCUGUUUCUGUGAAUUGGUAUUCUAAUAAAGGUGUUGCAAAAGAAUCACAUAAUGAGAUUGUUUCAGCUCUUAUUAAAGAUGUGAAUGAGUUGAAUUUGUCGUCGAUUUCAACAACUUCAUCUUAUUUUUAUGGAAAGAUUGUUGGUAGAGCUGCAAGAUUUGCUUUGAUAGCUGAAGAAGUUUCUUAUCUUAAAGUGAUUCCAAAGAUUAAAUUUUUUUUGAAGGAAACUAUUGAGCCAUGGUUGAAUGGAAAUUUCAAAGGAAAUGGUUUUUUAUAUGAGAAAAAAUGGGGUGGACUUGUUACUCAACAAGGGUUAAAUGAUUCAAGUGCUGAUUUUGGUUUUGGAGUUUACAAUGAUCAUCAUUACCAUUUGGGUUAUUUUCUUUAUGGAAUUUCAGUUCUUGUAAAAAUUGAUCCUUUAUGGGGACAAAAGUAUAAACCUCAAGUUUAUUCACUUUUGAAAGAUUUUAUGAAUUUGGGUGAGAGAGAUAAUAAAAAUUAUCCAAGUUUAAGGUGUUUUGAUCAUUACAAGUUACAUUCUUGGGCUUCAGGGUUGACUGAAUUUGAAAAUGGAAGGAAUCAAGAAAGUUCAAGUGAAGCUGUGAAUGCAUAUUAUUCAGCUGCAUUAAUAGGUUUAGCAUAUGGUGAUUCAAAAAUUGUUGAAAUUGGGUCAACAAUUUUAGCAUUUGAAAUUAAGGCUGCACAAACUUGGUGGCAUGUGAAAUUGGAAAAUAAUUUGUAUGGUGAAGAUUUUGCAAAAGAGAAUAGAAUAGUUGGUAUUUUAUGGGCUAAUAAAAGAGAUAGUAAACUUUGGUGGGCCCCAUCUGAAUGUAGAGAGUGUAGACUUAGUAUACAAGUUUUACCUUUGUUGCCAAUUAGUGAAACUUUGUUUUUUGAUGGUGUUUAUGCUAAGGAGUUAGUUGAAUGGACAUUACCUUCUUUGAAGAAUAAAACUAAUGUUGAAGGGUGGAAAGGGUUCACUUAUGCUUUGGAAGGGAUUUAUGAUAAGGAAAUAGCAUUGAAGAAUAUUAGAGGAUUGAAAGGUUUUGAUGAUGGAAACUCAUUUACUAAUCUUUUGUGGUGGAUUCAUAGUAGAUGAUCAAUUGUGCUAAAUAGAAUAAAAUACUAUGCAAUUUGAUUUUACAUUUUUUAUGUUAUUUAUGAAAUUCUACAUUUCAUAUAUGUUUUUGUUAUCAUCAUAUGAAAUUUAGUUUUGGGAUAUUGUCAAUUAUAAUUUGAUGGAAUAUUUGAAGUUUAGCAUAGUUUUCAAUUGUUCUAGAAGUUCAAUAUGUUGCUAUAAAUAUAAUGCGUUGAACAUGAAA